AUGUUUCUCUUCAAGAAAUAUCGCUUGGCAAUUGCCAGGCGGCCCCGAGAGGCCACCGAGGCGGCCCCGGUGCUCUGGUGCUCCCAGCGGGCCCCCGAGGGGAGCUCCGAGAGGCGCCCCGCGGGACCAGGCGCCUCCGCCCCCCCCCCCCCCCCCAGAGGCAGCACGACAGCCAUGCGGCGCCACAGCCUUGCCCCGAACGGGAUGGCCGGGUGUCUGCGGCGGCGCGGCUGCGAUGGUGCUGGUGACACGGAGCGGUGCAGCGCCUGGUCGUCCGAACGAAUCCGCAGCUGCGCUGCGGCAACCCUGGAGGGCCAAGGACGAGAAGUUGAGGGAGGCGAGAGGGAAUAAUGAGAUCAGCAGGAGGAUUAUGAGGAAAGUGAGGAGACAGAGAAGGAGGAGGAGUAGGACUGCGGGUAGGACGUGGAGACGAAUGAAC